GGAAAGUGCACAAGAAGGCACGGUCGGCAACCCCGGUUCGAAGAUAUGCCGACUACGGGCAUGAUUUCGCGCGAGAUGCAGCGAACCGUUCGCGACUAACGAACCUCGCAAGAGAUGCACCGACGCCAUGUCCUCUUCUGGAGGUGCUUUUAGGGCUCCCCUCACUUCGCAGUAUGAAUACAAGACAGAACCCUACCUUGCGCUUUCAAUCUCGGCCGAAUCAAACAGAAUUAACUUCUCAUCCCUUGUUGUAGAGCGAGUCGUUGAACGUCUCAUGAUCAACGCCAGUAAGUUUGCACUCGGAACCUCUCACUGUACUCGCCACGAUCUGCCGUUGUUCCCCAUGGCACAUACCCCGGGCUGGGGUGUGGAGAAGGGUGGACUAGACCAUGCAUGUGUAUAUAAGGACCUGUAGAUCCUUCCCCAGGACUCAGAAAAAACAGCAUCUUCGCGACCGACUCAUCGAUCAGUCAUCAUGGGCAAAGCAACUGUCAUCUUGUCGAGUGCCUUCCUCGCCAUCGGAGGUUUCCUUUUUGGUUAUGAUUCCGGUAUCAUCGGAGGAGUCAUUUCCUUCCCCCAGUUCAUCGAAUACUUCAACGACCCAAACAGCACGGUCACUGGUGGCAUUGUGUCCACAUUCCAAGGCGGUGCUGUUCUUGGCACGAUUAUCAACAUGGUCAUCGCCGACCGUCUGGGCAGAAAGAGGACCAUUGCUGCAGGCUCCAUUGUCUCCUUGAUCGGUUGUGUUCUCCAAGCCGCAGCUGUCAACAUGGCCAUGCUUAUGGUUGGAAGAUUUGUCGCCGGAGCUGCUGUUGGCAUGCUUACCUCUACUAUCCCCAUGUAUGCUGCUGAGAUUUCCGAGUCCAAGUACAGAGGCGCCCUCUCUGGUGCUCUCCAAUGGUUCUUGUCUUGGGGUUUCUUCGCUGCUCAGUGGAUUGGAUAUGGAUGCCAGCACGUCAAGGGACCCUUUUCAUGGCGUUUCCCUCUUGCUUUCCAGUGCAUUCCCGCCGUCAUUCUGGUUUCUGGUAUCUGGUUCCUGCAAGAGAGUCCUCGCUGGCUGUGCGAGAAAGACAGAUGGGAAGAGGCCAGAGCUGUUCUGCAAAAGCUCCACCACGACGGAACUGCAGAGACUGAUCAGCGUAUCGAGCUCGAAUUCCGUGAGAUCAGGGAUGUAAUCGAAGCGGAUCGCAUCAACAACUCGACCUCUGUCAGCACAAUCUUCACCAAGGCCAGCUGGCGCAAGCGUCUCCUUCUCGGAUGUGGUGUCCAAGCCUUUGGACCUCUCAGUGGCAUCAAUGUCAUCAACUACUACGGACCUGAGAUUUACAAGAUCCUUGGUAUCGACAACUCCACCUCGCUAAUGAUUAUCGGUAUCAGUGGAUCAUUGUCCAUUGUCUAUUGUACCAUUGGUCUAUGGGCACUCGAGCGUUUCGGUCGUGUCAAGCCUCUUAUUAUCUCCGCUGCAGGUCUCGGAGCCGCUCUUGUUUGUAACGCCGCUAUGUCUCAGCACCUGAAUCCUAGUAACGGCAACAUGCUUCGUGCUAUGGUAGCCAUGAACUUUGUCUUCUCUCUCUUCUACACUCCGUUGGGUAUCAUCUCGUGGGUCUACCCUGCCGAGAUCUUCCCUGUUGAGGUUAGAGCCUUCGGAAAUGCCACUACCACAUUCACCAACUGGACACUCAACCUCAUCUUCGCACAAUUCACUCCUCAGGCACUCGACUCGAUUGGCUUCCGCUACUUCUACGUCUUCUUUGUGUUCAACAUCAUUGCCAUGCUUUGCUACAUCUUCUUCUACCCUGAAACCAAGGGCAAGACUCUGGAGCAGAUGGAUGAGUUGUUCGGUGACCAGUUGGUACCCCAUGCUCUUGAGGAUCCCAAGGGCGCUGCUAUCGCCAUGGAGAAGAAUGGCACUGAGACGCACGAGGAGGUUGUCAAGUACUAA